AUGCCUGACGCAGAUUCCCUCCCCCGCCCUUCUCCCGCUCUGCCCUCGGAAGUCGUCCAGUGCCUGGAAAAUGCCCGCUUCCUCCACCUCGCGACCUCGUCGCCCGACGCCGUCCCACACAUCUCGCUCAUGAACUACACGUACCUGGCGACGACGCCCUUCUCCAACACGCCGCAAAUCGUCAUGACGACGGAGCCGACGUCGCACAAGACGGACAACCUGCGGCGCAACCCGCGGGUCUCGCUACUAGUGCACGACUGGGUGUCGACGCGGCCGCCGACGCUGUCGUCGUCAGGCCGCGAGGGCAGCCCGCCGCCAGCCGGGGGUGCGGCGCGCUCGCGCAGCUCGCUGGCCACGCUGCUGCUGGGCAUCAACUCUGCGGCGCUGUCGCGCAUCUCGGCCACGAUCAACGGCGACGCCGUCUUCGUGCCGCAUGGCUCCGACGAGGAAAAGUGGCUCAAGGCCCGCCAUCUCGAGAACAACACGUUCGGCAACGAGAUGGACGACCCGGCUGCCGGCGGGGGGCCCGACCUCUUCGGCACCAGCCCCACCGCUAUGCACAGUGGUGAUGGCGGCCGGCUGCGCUGGGUCGAGGGCGAGGAGGUCAAGGUCGUCGUCGUCAAGAUCAAGGACGGCAGGAUCUCGGACUGGAAGGGCCAGGUCACGGACUGGAGCAUUGCUGACGCCAAUGGUGCUUCUGCCCCGCCGCUUGUCAACGGCUUUUGA